AGCGUGCCCACGUGCGACAGCGACAACUUGCCACUGGGAACCUUGUGUUUUGUUUGUUUGUUUGUGGCGAGCUUGACGUUUCCGCUAUGGGCAAACGCCGGAACCGGGGCCGCAGCCAGAUGCUCAGCACCAUGACCAAGAAGCAGAAGAAGCACCUCCGCGACUUCGGCGAGGAGCACCCCUUCUACGACAGGUCGGGGUGCGCGGGCCGCCGGGAGGGCUGGUUCCGGCCGAGUUGAGCCGGGUCCGGUCGGUGCAGGACGGGAACCCCGCUGCGGAGGUGCGCUCUGCACCGGGACCUGCUGAGACCGCGGGCCGUGCUGCCUGUCAUCCGAGCACGCGCGGGCUCAGGCGCGAAAUCGCAGCUUAGCCCAGCCAGGGCCGCGGUUUCCAAGAAGGAAGCCAAGCCGCAGAUUUGUCAGCUGCCAGAGAGUUCAGAUUCUUCACAUUCUGAAAGUGAAUCAGAGAGUGAACAAGAGCACGUUUCAGGGUACCACAGACUGCUUGCUACAUUAAAGAAUGUUUCUGAGGAAGAGGAAGAGGAGGAGGAGGAGGAGGAGGAGGAGGAGGAGGAGGAAGAGGAAGAGGAAGAUGACAGUGCUGUAGGUGAUGCAGAAAUGAAUGAGGAAGCUGGCAGUGAGGAUGGCAGUGUGGGAGAAGCUGCUGUCUCGGAGGCUGCUGAGGAGGCUGCUGAGACACAGGAACAUAUGUCUCUAGCUGACAACUCAAAAGAAAAAGAUGGUGAAGAGCCACCUGGUGUAUCACAGAAAUCCUCAGAGGAGUUCACAGAUGUGAAACACGAGUCACUGUUCAGCCUGGAAACUAAUUUUCUAGAAGAGGAUAGCGGGGGCAGUUGUUCCCAGAGGCCAUCCCAAGAUCCGUUUCAACAACAUGUCAACAAAGAACUGAAAGAGAAGGAAAUUCAAGCUGCUGCUUCCAGCCCUCCAGCUACCCAGCAACUGAAAUGGCCAGUCCUGGGACAUCUUGUCUUUUCAUCAAAGUUCCAGAAGACGGAAACAUUUAAACCUCCAAAGGAUAUUGACCUAAAGUUACUUCAUCUUCAGAAGCCUCUAGAAUCCACCUGGGCAAAAACCAAUAGCCAAUUUCUAUCUGGACCUCAAAAAUCAAAUAGCUCCUUUACCCCGCUCCAGAAAGAGCUGUUCUUAAUUAUGAAUUCUUACCGGGACCUGUUCUACCCUGAGAGGACUGCCCUGAAGAAUGGAGAAGAAGUCCGCCAUGUAUACUGCCUGCAUGCCAUAAACCAUGUCCUCAAAGCCAAUGCUCAGGUGCUGGCUAACAACAGUAGGCGCCGGAGCCAGAAACUUGGGGUGGGUGAAGAUGAUGACUUCAGGGACCAAGGGCUCACCAGGCCUAAGGUACUUAUAGUGGUGCCCUUCCGGGAAGCUGCCCUUCGGGUGGUCCAGCUCUUCAUCAGCCUCCUUGAAGGGGACAGCAAGAAGAAAAUCAUUGUAAGCAAUAAAAAGCGGUUUCAGGGGGAGUAUGGAUCUGAUCCUGAGGAGAGACCUCCCAACCUGAAGAGGCCUGAGGAUUAUGAAGCUGUGUUCGUGGGCAAUAUUGAUGACCACUUCAGGAUUGGAGUGGCAAUACUUCAGAGGAGCAUCCGUCUCUACGCCCCGUUUUACUCCUCCGACAUCCUCAUUGCCUCCCCCCUGGGCUUGAGGACCAUCAUUGGUGGUGAAGGAGAGAAGAAGAGAGAUUUUGACUUCCUGUCUUCCGUUGAGCUGCUCAUCAUUGACCAGGCUGACAUUUACCUGAUGCAGAACUGGGAACAUGUCUUGCAUUUGAUGAACCACAUGAACCUGCUGCCCUUGGACUCACACGGGGUGGACUUCUCGAGAGUCCGAAUGUGGAGCCUCAAUAACUGGUCCAAGUACUACCGACAGACACUGCUCUUUGGUGCCCUGCAGGAUGCCCAGAUCAACUCUGUGUUCAACAAGCACUGCAUCAAUGCUCAAGGCCAGGUGGCUGUGAGGAAUGUCCCCAUGACGGGCUCCAUCAGUCAUGUGUUGGUGCAGCUCCCUCACGUCUUCCAGAGAAUGGAAGCACAAGACCUAUCUUCAGUGAUCGAUGCCAGGUUUCACUUUUUCAUAAACAAGAUUUUGCCUCAGUACCGGGAUGCUGUCAUGUCUCACACACUCAUCUAUGUCCCCUCCUACUUUGACUUUGUGCGUCUCCGAAAUUACUUCAAGAAAGAAGAGCUGAACUUCACACACAUCUGCGAGUAUACGCAGAAGUCUGGGAUCUCCAGGGCUCGACACUUCUUUCUGCAAGGAGAGAAGCAGUUUCUGCUCCUCACAGAACGCUUCCAUUUCUACAAAAGGUACACAAUAAAAGGCAUCAGGAACCUGAUAUUCUAUGAACUGCCAACGUACCCUCACUUCUACAGUGAGGUCUGUAACAUGCUGAGAGCCACCAGCAGAGGAGAGGAGGCCACGUGGACGUGCACCGUGCUGUAUUCCAAGUAUGAUGCCCAGAGGCUGGCGGCUGUGGUUGGUGUGGAGCGGGCGGCACAGAUGCUGCAGUCUCCAAAGAAUGUCCACCUCUUCGUCACCGGAGAAAAAUGAGUGUGGAGGGGAACGGACUACAUUGUUGGACCUCAUAGACCUGAUCUGUUCACUGCCCCAGGAACGGGCUCCAGGCAGUCUGCAGUCCUGUGUCACUGGAAAGUGCAGUGUGCAGUGCAGAGUGACCAGUGUGGGUCACCACAGCUGUCAGGGCCAAGAGCAGUCAGAGGCCUGCUACUCUCAGAAACUGACGCUUGUGCUUGCCACACUUUGUAAGCUAUGACUUCUCCAUUAAGAUUUUACUUUUUUAAUUUAAUUUUUAUUUUAUGCGUAUUGGUGCUUUGCCUGCGUUUAUGUCUGUGUGAGAGUUUUGGAUCCCCUAAAACGAGUUGCAAGCAGGUGUGAGUUAUCAUGUAAGUGCUGGGAAUUGCGCCCAGGUACUCUGAAAGAGUAGUGUGCUAACCUAUUGAGUCAUCCAUCGCACCAGCCCCUUGGCUUCAAUUUUUACUUGGGGAAGAUUCUCUGACUUGCCUGUCUAUUUUUCUUAAAGCAUUUGCUGUUAUUGCCCAUGGGCCUGGCUGAGAGCAGGAGGUGUCCCGGGCUAUGUCCCAGUCUUGGCACUUUACUUUUCUAGCCAAACUUCCAAAAAAAAAAAAAAAUGUACUCCAACCUAGAAGAGUACGUUUAUUCACUAUCAUUUUAGAUUCUUCCUAGUGUUUUAGUAGCUAAGACAUACAUUUACCAGUCAUGUAUAAAGCAGCAUUUAUUUCUACAGUUCAAGUAACACCAUUUGGGACCCAAGGUUGAUUCUGUCCUCAGCACCAAGUUGGUUUUUGAAUUGUGUAACAGGUGAAAAUGAAAAGAAAAAUCAAUACUUUUAAAAUUAAGAAGCAUUAUUUUAAACUCUAUUAUAAAAACAACACUAUUGCAAAUAAGAACCAUCACAGGUGACCCUCGCUUCAACUCAACAGAAGGCAGCUUCAGACGACAGGAAGGUGCAGGCCUGAGCCUCAGCUGCUGCAGAGUUGACUGCCAACCUCACGGGUGUUUGGCUUUGGUCUAGACAGUGAGAGGACACGGGCAGGACUGUAGGCUCCCAUCACACGUGCAGUGCCCUCUACUCUGUCUUGACCUUGGCACUGAGGCCAGGAAGUCUGUCAGAUGUUCCUUAGGUGGGGCUGUGACCUCACUGGGCCCCGUUAGGCCACUUGGCUUGCAUUGCGUCGCUGUCUCCUGACCGACUGCCUGUCUGAGACAGGGUUUGACUAACUUCCACUCUAAAGUGAAAAUUCAACUUCUACUUUAUUCUCCUUAGUUUUUUUCUCUUUCUUCUUUUGUUCGUUUUGUUGUUGUUUUGUUUUUAAAGAUAAGAGUGUUCACCACAGGCUGGCCUGGAACUCAUGGCAGUCUCCCUGCUCUUGGAGUGCUGGAAACACGGGCUUGAAGCCACCAUGCCUGGCCGUGCUUUAUGUUUAAUUUAUACACAUGGCUUCACCUUUUGUUAAGUGGGUUACAAUACUGCCAUCAUUAUUUUUUCAGGAACUAACCUACUCUCAGAUGUGACAGUGGGAUCACCGUCAGCUGGAUCGCAUGCACACUUUUACGUGUGAAUAGUUGUAUUUCCUGACCAGUCUCUAGCCCUGACUAGUGAGGACAGCUCUGUAUUCCUGGUCCUGUCUUCAACCCGCCCUUCCAUUUCUGACCUUGACCUUGAAUUCUUAAUCUUUUCCUACACCUCCCAAGAGCUAUCGCAUUUUACAAAAUUAAUUGAUUAAUCGUUUCACUUUACAUCCUGACCGCAGUUUCCCCACCCUCGCCCUCUCCCCUACCUCCCGCAUCCCCUCUCCCAACUUCUAUGUUGGUAGUUCUCAGUAUCUCCUUUGCAGCCCACAGUGUGUGGAGUGAUCCCAGUCUUAGAUAGGGAGGCACUUACCCAGAAAGUGAGACUUUCAGACUCUGCACAGUGGUCACAGCUACCCAGCUCUUUUCUUUUUGUGCAAAAGGCAUUGACUCGAGACAGCUGUCACAGCUGGCUACACCAUGUACAGUGUUCGAUAUAACAAGAUAAUCACAGCGCCUGAGGCAGAGGCUUCAGCCCUCUGCAGGCUUCCAAAGGGCUUAUGAUCGAGUGCAGGUGGCCUAGGCAAGAUGGGGGGGCAUCCUUACUCACACCUCAGAGGACUGGGGGGGGGGGCUCUAAAGCUUUUAUUCCCUAAUUGCACCCUUUGUGGGGGACAAGAAGAUGCUGAGGGCAAGGGAGAGUCAGGGAAGUCUGGCUGCCUUUUGCUGGACCUUUCUGGAAUCUCUUCAGACAGCCAGGUUUAGAUUUGUUGAGCCUAUGGUCUCCAGAUGACAAAAGGCCUGGGGAAAGAAAGCAGGGGAAGUUCUCUACACCCGCCUGAAAAGCCAUGAUGUAUAAAGUCUAGGUGGCUGUGAGGUCCCAGAGGCUUCCAUAAAGAAUGCUGUGGAAGCCAUACUGUUCAGGGUGCAUCCUCUAUGAUCUGAGGCCUUCAGCCUUCCUUCCCUUUCCCCCACCCUCUGACCCAUUUCCUUGAUGCCUUUGGUGUGUGUUUAGUGUAAGUGGCCCUGUACCUCUGACCACAGUGUUCUUAUUCCUGUGGGGCUUGGGAUCAUGUAAGAGGACAGAGUUCAGCCUCAGAAGCAGGUGCUCAACUAUCCUUGUACUCUGGAGUCAGGACCAGGCUCUGAAUGCCAGCAUUGUUCUACAGAGAUCUGAACCUGGGCUGGUGGGCAGCUCAACCUGGCCGUCCCUUCACUACUGGAGAGAACAUCCUGCUAGCCUGCUCUCCCUGAGGCCAACAGGUCAGGGGUGGCCUGACCAAGCCAUCGUGAUUGUCAGUCUUGGACCUCUGCAUUGGGCUGUGGCCAUUUGGGCACCAUAGCCUCGGCUGGCAUGUGGCGGGAAGGCAGGCUGCUCAUUUCCAGUGAGCCUCUUUUUCUCCCAGGCAAUUAUUCUGACUUCCUUCAAGACUUUCUGAAGAGUUAUGUGUUACUCAGUCUUUUUAAAGUGGAACCCAUGCUCACUCAAAACCAAAACUAACUAACUAAAUAAAUAAGCCAGGCAUGGUGCCUGGGGGCAGGAGGAUCCUGACUAGAAAGCGAUUGGUCUGCAUAGUGAGAUCUUGUCUCAAAAGCAACAUAAAUAAAGCCAACCAAAAAAAAUAGUGCAAAACAAAACUGAAA